GUCCCGUCCUGUGCCUGGGAAGCAGGAAGGGCUCAGAGGUGCAGCUAGCCUGACUCUGAGCCAGCCGUCCCACCCCGGGCGCGAGUGUCGGCACCAUGACCGUGGGGGCCAGGCUGGGUGGGAGGGUGAAAGCCAAGUUCUCCCCCUCGGGGCCCGGCGAGGACCAGAUCGCCAUCCUGGAGAGGCAGCCGCAGGAGGAGGAGAGCCUGGGAGCCCCCGGGAGCCGGGCAGAGGAGCCCUGCCGCGCCAAGAAAGUGCGCUUCGCCCUCCUCCCGGACAAGUACGAGCCGCUGCGCCAGGAGGGCUCGGGAGGCCGCAGCAAGUGCAAGAGGAAGCUGAGGAAGUACAGCAAGAAUGUUGGCAAAGCUCUCCAGAAAGGAUGUCGCUACUUGGUGAUUGGCCUGCAAGGAUUAGCAACUGCAUAUGCAGCACCCUUUGGAGUAGCAGCAUCAGUAGCCUCCUUAGUCCGCUAAAGUGGCUCUGCCUGUCUCAUAAAGGAAGAAAAAAUGAGCUUUCAUAGAGGAGUACGGUGAUUUGUACUUUCCUAGCAUUAGAUCUGCUGCUGUGACCUGCAUCUGAAAAUUCUUUUCAACAACAACAAAUGAAGAUGCUGACGUGACAGAGUAUUUAAUUCUGGAACAAUCGCAUUUCUCCAGUGCCUUUCAUGCAAACAUCUCAAGUGCUUUUCAGCUAUUAAAAUCAGAUCCAGUGAAAGAAUGUACAAGCCCAAGGAAAUAAUCAUAGAGUAAUUGAGCCAAAGUUUGUAAUUCUAAAUGAAUUAAUUUACUCAAGCCGGAGGCUAUGUGUGAAAAGGAGCAAAGGGAAAGGGAAAGCAAGUAGAAGAGGGAGAGAGGUAUGAGUGGAAAAACAGGAAGGGGAAUAAGGCGCGAGAAGUAGUGGGGAUUUGAUGCUGGUUAUGAGGAGGAAAAGUCAAACUAAUGUAAGGAAAUAGAGAUAGUAAAGGUAUCAGGAAAAGGUAGCCUCCCAGCCUUUGAUUUGCCUGUGUAUUUUAAUGCUUUGUUAGUGACAGCUACAAUCAAUAUGUUCAGAUACCAGGCCUGAGACAUGGUAGGCUUUACUACCUCAGUAUUGCCAAUUCCAGACAUUGAGAAAUCAUGCCUUGGGCCCUGAAAAAUCAUGAGAUUUGCUUAAAAAUCA